CUGGUUUACGCUUAAACACCGUUUAUCUCCCCGGAUUUCGCGUUUAAUAUUGUUACACAGUCUAUAUUUUUCAGAGAAAAAUGGCCGAACAUCAGGACGAUUCUCUGUAUCCAAUUGCGGUAUUAAUAGACGAAUUAAGAAAUGAAGAUGUACAGCUUCGGUUAAAUAGUAUAAAGAAGUUGUCUACAAUUGCUUUAGCCCUUGGAGUAGAGAGAACAAGAAGUGAACUCAUCCUCUUCCUAACAGACACAAUUUAUGAUGAAGAUGAAGUAUUACUAGCUCUAGCUGAACAAUUAGGCCAGUUCACUCCACUUGUAGGGGGACCAGAAUAUGUCCACUGCCUUCUGCCUCCAUUAGAGAGUUUAGCCACUGUAGAGGAGACUGUUGUCCGUGACAAAGCUGUCGAUUCAUUGAGAACCAUCGCAGCACAGCAUUCACCAAGUGAUUUGGAGAAUCAUUUUGUACCUCUUGUGAAAAGACUGUCAGGAGGUGAUUGGUUCACAUCUAGAACAUCGGCAUGUGGUUUGUUUGCAGUAGCAUAUCCUAGAGUAUCCAGCUCUGUGAAGGCUGAACUUAGGCAGCACUUCCGUAACCUGUGCAGCGAUGACACACCAAUGGUUCGUAGAGCAGCCGCAGGAAAACUUGGCGAGUUUGCAAAAGCCGUUGAGAUGGAAUACCUCAAGUCCGACUUGAUUCCCCUGUUCAUAAACCUAGCCUCAGAUGAACAGGUAGGAAAUGAUUCUGUAAGACUUCUGGCAGUGGAGGCAUGUGUCAGUAUCGCGUCUCUACUCGGACACGAGGAUAUUGAGGCCCUCAUUUUACCUACAUUGAGGCUGGCCACGGAGGACAAGUCCUGGCGUGUAAGAUACAUGGUCGCAGACAAGUUCACUGAGUUACAAAAGGCAGUUGGUCCUGAUAUCACAAAAGCAGAAUUGGUACCAGCUUUCCAGAGUUUACUCAAAGAUUGUGAAGCCGAAGUCAGAGCAGCAUCUGCACAUAAAAUUAAAGAAUUUUGUCAAAAUUUGAAUGCGGACUGCAGGGAGCAAGUUAUAAUGACAUACAUCUUACCAUGCGUGAAGGAGCUAGUAUCUGACGGCAAUCAGCAUGUCAAGUCGGCUCUUGCCUCGGUCAUCAUGGGCUUGUCUCCAAUACUCGGAAAAGAAAACACAAUAGAACAUCUGUUGCCACUGUUUUUGACUCAGUUGAAGGAUGAGUGUCCAGAAGUCAGGUUAAACAUCAUCUCAAAUCUUGACUGUGUCAAUGAGGUCAUCGGGAUCAAACAGUUAUCCCAGAGUUUAUUGCCAGCUAUUGUAGAACUGGCCGAGGACACAAAAUGGCGAGUCAGACUAGCAAUCAUUGAGUACAUGCCUCUACUUGCAGGCCAGCUGGGUGUUGAAUUCUUUGACGAGAAGCUGAAUUCUUUAUGCAUGACCUGGCUUGUUGAUCAUGUGUUUGCUAUACGUGAUGCUGCGACGAAAAACUUACAAAAGCUAGUAGAGAAGUUUGGUACAGAGUGGGCACAACAAACUGUUAUACCUAAAGUUAUACAGAUGUCACGUGAUGCCAACUAUCUUCACAGAAUGACGUGUCUAUUCUGUAUAAAUUUACUGGCACAAGAGUGCGGUCCAGAUGCUACCAUUAAAUUAAUGUUACCCACAAUCCUUACCAUGUCUAAUGAUGGUGUCGCUAACGUGAGAUUUAAUGUUGCCAAAUCUUUACAAAAACUUGGAAAAGGCUUAGAUUCUGCGACUGUUAAUUCUCAAAUAAAGCCGUGUUUAGACAAACUGAAGACCGACAGUGAUAUAGAUGUUGCACAUUUUGCAUAUGAAGCAAUAGAUGCCCUGAAACUCAGUUAAAUUACAUAGUAGGUCAUUGUAUUAAGUUAUUUUGGUUGUUGUUUUGUGAACCAAAAAAAAAGUUGUUUCUAAAUAUUUUGAACAUGUGACUACAAGAAAUAGAUGUAUUUUGUCAUUUUGCUGCAUAGUGUGAGGAAAUAUGUGUGCGUGUCAGGCCUGCACUUAAAUAUAAUAGAUGACACAAUAUCAGGAA